AUGCAUUGUCUGCUGCAAAUGUUGAACGAAAACAUUGUACGAGUAAUAUUUAUCAAAGUAAAUUCUACUUACUAUCCACUAAGUGUUAAGAUACCAAAAACAAUGAAUAAUUACGAUAUCUUAAAAAACCAUUGCAAGAAAAUUUUCUUUAGCGGUUCGGGCGAUGUUUGGUAUGAAGAAGGAACCAUAGGAGAUGAUAAGAGCUGGUACUAUAGGCUUUACAGUUGGUCACUAUUUUCCAUGUACAUGUUCAUGACCAUUCUGGAGAUAAUGGCUGCAAUGUUUGGUGACUUCCCAGAAGAGGAGAUGCGAGACUCAGUCUCGUUAGCAGUGAGCCACGCCAUCGUCAUGUUGAAGAUUUACUUCUUAUACUCCAAUAAGAAUUUGCUGAAGACCAUGAACCAGAACAUGGUGAGAAUUUGUGAGGCUCACGAAGAACCAGCAUUGAUGGCCCACAAGCAUAGGAUUGUAAAGAUUACUCUUCGAGUGUAUUUUGGCAUUGUUUACGGGUCUACUUUCUGUUACGUCAUCGAGGGGAUUCGAAAGUUAUUUGACGGUUCCCACUUUGUGACUGUGGUUACUUACUAUCCGUCGUAUGAGGAUGACUCAUUUUGGGCUAAUGCCUUUAGAAUAUUUAAUACAAUAGUUUUGCUUAUGUUGAUGAUGACGAUGAUUGUGUCAGUGGACUCCCUUACAAUAACUUAUUUAAUCAUGUUCAAGUACAAGUUUAUAACACUGAGGCACUAUUUUAAAACAUUGUCCCAAGACUUUUUCAAACUAAAUGACGUUGAUCCAAGACUUGCUGCUGAUAAGUUGACCGAUGGGAUAGUGGAAGGAAUAGUCAUGCACAAUGAAUUGUUAAGAAUGGUAAAGGACUUUGACCAAGCAUUUGGGACUGUAAUGGCUCUACAAUUGUUUCUGAGCUCGGGAACCGCAGUGUCUCUACUUCUCCAAAUUGCUCUUGCGGACCAACUGACUUUAGUGGCGAGUUUGAAAAUGAUUUUCUUCGUAACAGCACUCGUCUUUAUAUUGGGCUUGUUAUUGUGCAAUGCUGGAGAAAUCACGUAUCAGGCUUCACUGUUACCCAACGCGUUGUUCUACUGCGGCUGGCACGCAUGCGUAUGGCAGCCCCCGCGGCGCAGUGUCAGGAGACUGGUCCUGCUGGCGUGUGCGCAGGCGCAGCAGCCGCUCGUCAUGAAGGCGUUCAAGAUGUUUGAACUUUCUUAUGGCACUUAUUUGCAGGUGUUGAAAGGAACUUACUCUCUCUUCACUUUAUUUUAUGGACAAAACCAGUAAAAAGUUCAAUAAAUAUAAGUGGUUCA